UCAACGUGUCUCCACCACUGUAUUCCGGUAUAUAAUACAGAAAGACUUUCGAAAAAUAUAGAGCGUAUCCCCGUAGAUUAGAAUUGUCAAUUCAUUUAGGCCAGGAAAGGCCGAUUAUUGAAAGGUGUAUACUUAUACCACGAGUCUUGGAUACAUUUACUGUGAUAUCUUGCAGCGUUAUUCUUUGAUGAUACAGAAUGUCGGUCGACAGUGUUUUUAGGACUCGUUCUCUCGGUGUUGCUGCCGUUGGUCUGCCGGAUCAGUAUGCUGACGGAAAAGCAGCUAAAGUAUGGCAGCUCUACAUCGGAGACACACGGAGUAGAACGGAAGAAUAUAAAAGUUGGGUGGUGUCUUUGCUGAAAAAGCAGGGUGUACAGAAAAUUCUGGACGUAGCAUGCGGAACAGGAGUUGACUCCAUCAUGCUGGUUGAAGAGGGCUUUAAGGUAGUGAGUGUGGAUGCUAGCGACAAAAUGCUGAAGUAUGCCUUGAAGGAGAGGUGGGAAAGAAGAAAAGAGCGUGCCUUUGACCAAUGGGAGAUUGAGGAGGCAAACUGGCUGACGUUAACAGAAGAUGUUCAGAAACCAGGUGAUGGAUUUGAUGCCGUCAUCUGCUUGGGGAACUCAUUCGCUCACUUGCCAGAUUUCAAAGGGGACCAGAGUGAACAGAAGCUAGCUCUGCAGAACAUAGCCAGUAUGGUUAGACCAGGAGGUAUCUUGAUCAUUGACCACCGCAACUAUGACUACAUCCUGGAAACUGGCCUAGCACCCCAGGGGAAAAAUAUCUACUACAAGAGUGACCUUACUCAGGACAUCUCCACCUCGGUGCUUUGGGUCAACAACAAACCUCACAUGAUUACCCUUGACUACACUGUACAGGUGCCACAUCCAGUACAAAACCAUCCUGAAGUGAGUAAAUUUCGCCUAUCCUACUACCCCCAUCGCCUGGAGAAUUUCAAAGCAAUCCUGAGUGAGGCUUUCCACAACAAGCUGGAGCACAGUGUCUACGGUGACUUCAAGACCUACAUCCCUGGCCAGGCUGAGGCCCCCUGCUACUUCAUUCACGUGUGCAAAAAGACAGCUUAGGACUCCGACCAUGCUAUUCUGAUCCCUACAGCAUUUUAUUUUCUAUGUUGCAUUACUUUGUCCUUUGUAGACUAAAUCUAGUGUAACCCUGCAUCCACUUUUUCCACAAAAUUGCUAUAUAUAUUUAGGGUCCUUAAUCCUGACUAUGGAAUCAUUGCUGUCUUGUAAAAUAUCCAUGUUAUGAUUAAAACAUGUCACUCAUA